AUGGAGGUGCAAGCCAUGGUGGCCCCCCGGCCAUGGGACCGAGUGAAGCUGUUGGGAGCCUUGGUCUUGGUGGUGUCCAUGGUGUCCUCGGUGGCAGGUGACACGCGCGUGGUGGGCGGCAUGGACUGCGAGCCCCACUCGCAGCCCUGGCAGGUGGCCAUCCUCGACAUGUACAAGCUCUACUGCGGCGGCGUCCUGGUGGCCAGGCAAUGGGUGGUGACGGCGGCCCACUGCACCACGCCGGGUCUCAUGUAUUGGCAUGGCCUUGAUGUGGUCUACAUGGGUCCUGGACAUGCCAUGACCAAUGCAUGCCAUGGUUGCACCAUGUUCAUGGGCUACGUCAUGUCCCACACAUGUUCUUGCCAUGACAUGACCAACAUCUACGGCCACACCGUGGUCUCCAAGCCCCACACAAGUGGCCGCGUUCCCCGUGUCCUGGCCACCUCGCCACCCGUCCCACGCGUGUCCCUUGGGUGCUGCAGGAUCACCACCAUCCGCCUGGGCAAGCACAACCUCUUCACGCGGGAAUGGGGCGAGGAGCGGAAGAUGGUGCAGAAGCUGGUGCCUCACCCCAACUACAACCCCAGCACCAAGGACAACGACAUCAUGCUGAUCAAGCUCCUGACGCCCGUCACCCUCACCGAGAGGAUCCAGCCCGUCCCCGUGGCCUCCUGCCCCCCAGUGCCUGGCACCAGCUGCACCACGUCGGGCUGGGGGGCCACCACCUCCCCAGAAGACCCCGGGGGAGGCGCAACGCCCUCUUCCCCAGGACGGGGGAGUCGGCGCUGGGAGUUCGGGGGGGGCAAAUUUCUGCCGGUUCCCCGGGUCGAUUGCUCUGGUUUCUUUCUCCCCUCCCCUCCGUUUCCCAUCUCAGUCUCUUACCCGGACGUCUUGCAGUGCGUCACCGUCACCAUCUUCUCCACGGCUGAGUGCAAGCGGUUAUACCCCGGCUCCAUCACCGAGAACAUGAUAUGCGCCGGGAGCCUCCAAGGCGGUAGGGAUUCCUGCCAGGGUGACUCCGGGGGACCUCUGGUUUGCAACGGGACCCUCCAAGGCAUCGUGUCCUGGGGCAUGGAGAAAUGCGGGCAGCCCAAGAGACCUGGUGUCUACACCAAGGUCUGCAGAUACGCCCAGUGGAUCCAGCAAACCAUGAAGGACAACCAGUGACGCUCCAGCA